AUGACCCUUUCAAAGCAACAGAUCAGCAUCAUCUUAAAGAAUCCGCUCAAUGAUACGUUAGAUCGCUCCCGGGUCAAGCUACGCGGUUGCGACGAAACUGACCAAGCAUGGCGGGAUGAGAUCGCUAAUCUUCUAUCAGCUUUGGUGGGUUCCACGGCGGCGUUUAACCUCCCUGUUCCAGAUGGAAGCGGCGAUGUGGCGGUGAAGCUCUUCUCCAUACAACGACUCGUUCGAGGAGGUAGUGUGAAGCUCGACCAAUUCCGCUCCCUCGUUUGCUUUGUCGUCGACAAUGCUCCUGAUGUCGACAUUUGGGAUGCCGUCUUCAGUCUCAUCGACACCCUUAGCACCCUUACUCCCCCUCCGUCCAGCAUCGCCCCAACCUACAAGGGAACACCCGUCAAGACCAGCUCGAGUCGACUUGCCGAUAGCGAAACGCGCGACAUUGUCGAAGGGGAGCUCUUCUUCGAGAUAAAAGACUGCACCUUUCGCAAUGUGGGGGGAUUCUGCGACAAGUUCUUCGACUCCAAGAGCUGGCGCAAAGAACAGAAAGAGAUGCUGAAGAGGAUGAUGGUGGCGCACGACGGAAAGAAAUGGACGAACUUCCGUCCACUCCCGAUGAAAAACAGGUCUGGACAUGGCUCUGAACGGAAAGGCCAGAUGGAUCUCUUCUUUCAGACAACAGACAGGGAAACCAACAGCACCUUUACCUACAAGGAUGUCCUUGUCGUUGGAGAACAAAAGAAGUCAUACGAUACAAGCAGGUUCAAAGCGGAUAUCCUCCAACUUGCGCGGUAUGUACGAGGUGUCUUCGCCGACCAGCCGACACGCCGAUUUGUCCACGCUUUCUCCCUCUGCUCUUCCAAGAUGGAGCUCUGGGUCUUCGAUCGGUCCGGGCUGUAUAGCUCAGGCUCAUUUGAUAUUCACGACGAGCCGGACAAGUUUGCGCAGGCUCUUGUUGGAUAUGCUACGAUGAGUGACGAUGCUAUGGGCCUGGACGCGUUCAUCGACCGAGAAGAGGGCCAUCGCUAUGCCAUCCUGGAGGACGCAAGCGGCAACGAAACAAGAAUCAGGCUGGAGGAGCUGAUAGUCAGGCAGCGUGCGAUCGUGUGUCGCGGGACUACUUGCUACCGGACCCGAAACGGCCAUGUUGCUAAGUUCUCCUGGGCAUCGGAUAAGCGGAAACCAGAGGUGGACCAUCUCAAGCUGGCAGGAGUGAAGGGCGUCAAGGGGGUGGCGAGAGUGGUGGCGCACCGUCAAAUCACCACCAUUGCAGACAUGCGGAAGGGACUGGAGUUUCCAAAAUCUCACCGGUUUCGGGAUGAUGAUGUCCACUUCAGAGAUCUACCAUCGGCCAGGCCGCCGUCCAAAAGCCAAAAACCGAAGCUGGCUAAGGAGUUUAAGGAGCAGCUGUCGAUCGGCAAGUCCAAACCAAGCUUGUAUACUUCCACGAGCGAGGAUCCAUUUGAGAACAGGAUCUAUUCUUGUCUCGUCGUCUCACCGGCCGGCCGUGUCAUCAGCGACUUCAAGUCGAUCAGGGAACUGCUGGAGUCGCUCCGAGACGCCAUCAGGGCACACCAGUCUCUCUACAUCGAUGGCAACAUCCUGCACCGAGAUAUCUCCUCGAACAACAUUAUCAUUACGGGUUCGAAGACAGCUGACGGCUUCAAGGGCAUGUUAAUCGACCUCGAUCUAGCUAAAGUCAGAGACAGCGGGCCGAGCGGAGCACGGCACCAGACCGGCACGAUGCAGUUCAUGGCGAUCGAGGUGUUGCGGAAGGUUGACCAUACCUACCGUCACGACCUUGAGUCCUUCUUCUACGUUCUCCUCUGGAUAUGUGCGCGCGACUCAUGGAUGAACAGGUUCGGCGGCGAAGAGGAGCCGCCGAGGAAAAGUCUUCUUCGUAAAUGGGAGAUUGGGAGCUUCAGUGACAUUGCCGAUGCCAAAGAGGGCCACAUGACUGUGAAUAGUCUCGAAAGGAUUAUGGGCGAGUUUCCAGAGCGGCUUGAUAUUGUGAAGCCUCUCUGUCUGAGGAUCAGGUCGAUAAUGUUUGGAGACACAGCGAGGCUUAACUUUGGAACCCCUAUAGGAGAUUCAGACCAACUUUACAAGCCCCUCGUAGCUGCCUACGAUGAUGCUAUCAGCGAGCUCUAG